AUGAUAACAACAAAUACAAAAAAAUUCAAUACACCACAGGAUAAUCCUGAUGCGGAUACCGAUUCAGGUAUUACCAGAACUUCCACCAUCUCUCCAGACUUCAAAAAAACUGCUUCCAAGUGUAUAUCCGGAUCUGAACAGGAUGAACUUCAAUUGAAUUUGACCUGGCCAUCUAUAAGGAGGUAUCUGAUUACUAGGUUAACUGAUUUGAUUCCUUCAAAAAAAAAUAUUAGGGAAAACAAAGGACAAUUAAAUCCUUUGAAGGGCUUGAGCUUGAUUAAGGGAAAACAAUCUUUGAUGAUACUAUCUGCCUUUUUGGGCUGGUCCUGGGUUGCAUAUGAUUUUUUCACUAUAUCUAUGAAUAUCACUGAACUUUCCAAGCAAUUUGGAAAAUCAGUCAAAGAUAUUACUUGGGGAAUAACCCUAGUUUUGAUGCUACGUUCGGUGGGAAGUAUUAUCUUCGGAUAUCUUGGGGACAGAUACGGAAGGAAAUGGCCGCUAAUCUUAAACUUACUUCUUGUGUGCUUCCUUGAAGUAGGAACAGGCUUCGUGCAAACAUAUCAACAAUUUCUGGGUGUGAGAGCGGUCUUUGGAAUCUUAUUAGGGGGUGUUUAUGGAAAUGCCGCCGCAACUGCACUAGAUGAUUGUCCAAUGGAAGCAAGAGGAAUUGUCUCUGGCUUCCUACAGCAAGGGUAUACUUUUGGCUAUCUUAUGGCUGUUGUGUUUAAAAGGGCUAUUUCAGAUAACUCCUCAAAACAUUGGAGAGCAAUGUUUUGGUUUGGUUCAGGAGUGAUGUUCAUUAUUGUAAUAUUUAGAACAUUUCUUCCAGAAACAAAAGCAUUCCACCAGGCAAUGAAAGCUACCGCGUUUAAUAGAACGCAUGGUAUUCAAGAAGUCAGCUUUAUUAAAAAAGCUGUAAGUGCUCUCAAGUCAUAUUGGCUUAUGGUCAUCUAUUUGGUUCUUUUAAUGGCUGGCUUUAAUUUUAUGUCCCAUGGUUCCCAGGAUUUAUAUCCAACUCUACUUACAGUUAGAUAUUCAUUUUCCGAGGAUAAAUCAACAGUAACCAAUUGUGUUGCAAAUAUAGGAGCAAUGUGUGGUGGAAUUAUUAUAGCACACUUAUCAAACUUCGCAGGAAGAAGAGUAUCCAUAAUUAUAUGCUGUAUUGCAGGUGGUGCAUUAAUUUAUCCGUGGGCGUUUGUUUCUAGCUCCGCUAUUAAUGCAGGUGCUUUCUUUCUUCAAUUUUUCAUCCAGGGUGCUUGGGGAAUAGUUCCAGUUCAUCUUUCUGAAUUGGCCCCUCCAUCUUUUCGAUCGUUUGUUGUCGGAUUGGCAUACCAAUUGGGUAACUUGACCUCGGCUGCUUCUUCUACCAUCGAGUCUACCUUGGGUGAACGGUUUCCGAUGAUAUCUCCUUCUGGUAAGCAUAUCUAUGAUUAUGCAAAAGUGAUGGCUAUUUUUGUUGGCUGUGUUUUUGUAUACGUUGUAUUUAUUACUUUUAUUGGACCAGAGAGAAGGAAUAUGUCGUUUGAAAUGGCAGACAAACAAAUAAAAAAUAAGGAUCCAGACGUCGAUGAAUUCGACCAGGAAACUGCUGUAAAAUACAUUGAACCAUCUUCAAACGACGAAGAAGCAAAUAUUGGCAUCUCAACUCAUUAG